AUGAAGCUGGACAUCUCGUGCUUCUGCUUCCUGUCGAAAAAUGAGCACCGAGUGCUGACGGCGAUAGAAAUGGGCAUGCGGAACCACGAGUACCUGCCCGUUUCGUUAAUAGCGAGCAUAGCAAAUUUGAGGAAGGAAGGCAUAACCAGUGUGCUGAAGAAGUUGCUCAAGAACAAGCUGAUCAGUCAUGAAAAUAAGAAGUACGAUGGGUACAAGCUAACCUACUUAGGGUAUGACUUCCUAGCCCUAAGAGCAUUUAUAAAUAGGGGCAUCCUAAAAAGUGUUGGCAAUCAAAUAGGAGUUGGGAAAGAAUCAGACAUAUACAUAUGUAAAGAUACGAGCGGAAAUCUGUUGUGUCUAAAAAUUCACAGGCUAGGUAGAAUAUCAUUUAGAACCAUCAAAAAUAAUAGGGAUUAUUAUGGGAAGAAGAAUUUCCGAAAUUGGCUAUACUUAUCCAAAAUAGCUGCCACCAAGGAGUAUGCUUACUUAAAAGCUUUGUAUGAAAAUAACUUCCCAGUUCCGAAGCCCUAUGACCUAAACAGACACAUGGUUCUCAUGUCGUAUGUAAAUGGAUACCCCCUCUCACACGUAAAAAUUAGCAACCCCUUUAAGAUAAUCGACGUUCUAAUAAACACCAUCAUUAAAUUUGCCAAAGCGAAUAUAAUUCAUGGAGACUUUAAUGAAUUUAACAUUCUGAUUGACGAUGAUGAGAAGAUAACUGUUAUCGAUUUUCCACAAAUCGUCUCUCUGCAGCAUGCGAAUGCGAAGAUGUACUUCGAUCGUGACGUCAGAGGUGUCGUUAAUCACUUUUAUAGGAAGUACAAAAUCAAAAUUGAAGAUUACCCUGUUUAUGAAGAUGUCAUUUUGCUGAGUAGUGACAAAAUUGUGGUGGACGAGAAUUUCAUUUCCAGCUCUGAUGAGCAUGCCUUGAUGGGCGUCCUGCAAAAUGAUGGCUCAGACUCGGUCCCCCCUUGCUCUGAGCAGCUGAAGUGUAGCGGUAGGAGCGACGGGAGCGAUGGGGGCAACGAAAGCGGCGAAACUGGUGGAAAUGGCGAAGAUGCCGAAAGUGGCGGUGACCAAAGUGAUGGAAGCCAUCGUAGUGUAGGAAGACACAGCAGUGAAGCAAAUCGCCCAAGCACCGUUAGUGAGAGCACUCAGGGGGAAACCCCCCGGAGCUCGGACACCCGGCGGGAGGACCCCUCCUCAUCUGAAGGGAAGUACAAAGACGCCUACGAGAGCGACGCGAAAAGGCAAGAGUCAAGUGACAAGCUGGAGAAAAGAUCGGACGGAUUGGAUGACAAUGGCAUGGAGAGUGCAGAAGGGGUAGCCACAUAUCAGCCGGAAGAUAAGAAGGAAGAGGAGGAGAUCAAAGGCAGGGGGGGUAGUAGUAGCCCCAUGAAGGGUGAAAAGGCGCCUACAAAUGGGAAGUGCAGUUGUACGGAGGAGAAGACCCAGGAUGAGGGGGAAGACCUUCAUGAUGAUCCCCCCCUUCGCGGUGAGGAAGAGACGGAGGGGCAAAUCGACUCGAGCCAACGAAACGAUGAAGUGUGUGGUGGCGCUUCAGAAAAAGGAGCGCAGCGGGUGGAUCGCGCGAAGGGCAUCAGCAGCGAAGCGACCGGUGAUGAGGCAAGCGAUGACGAGGUGCGCUGUGACGAAGAAAGCGAAUUGACGGCAUACUCCAGCUGCGAGUCGGAAGGAUCCAUCUCCGCGAACUCCACCAAGAAGCUGUCCGAAACGUGGCAGCCUCAUAUAAAAAAAUACACCAAGGAAUACGCGAAGAGCAGGCUAAAGUACAUGUACAGAGAAAAAAAAAAUAAGGAAAAGUACAAGGAAAAUUUAAAAACGAAAAAUAAAAAGAAACUGAUGGAAAAGAUUAAAAAUUAUGUGUAA